AUGAACGAACAGCUGAAAUGGGGCAAAGGAGGAGCUAGUGAGUUACAUGAAAGGAAACGUCAAAUUUUUGAAACCGAGAAAAAAGAGUUUUGCCUUUUUUACAUAAGAGAAUUGCUAAAUGUGAUAUACACCACAUAUAAGAGUACGAAACCCGUAUACACACAUUUUAUUUGUUCUAAGAAGAACGAUUAUGACCAUUUGAAGAAUAAUAAUUUAGUUUAUUAUACACCUAAUUCUAUGUUAGAACAGCAUUUUCCGGACUAUUUUCAGAAUGUUUAUUUCCUAUGUGCUCAUUAUACCAUGAGGGAGAGGGAAGGCAAUGUAAUGAUUGAUAGCAGUAUGGAUUAUAUGAGGAUUAGAAACACUAUGGAUAACGUAAGUACUGGAAGCACUAUGGAUAAACUAAGGAAUGUAAAGAGUGCAUAUAACGCUGAUAGUGUGUCCAGAAUAAACAUAAAUAGUAGUAUGGAAAGAGAUGAAAAUAAAAAUGGUCAAAAGAAUAAAGAUACAUUUUAUUUUAUUUUCACUUUCUAUAUGGAACCAAAUUUCAUUUGGGAAGAAGUGAACAUUCCAAUAUUCCAUGAAAGGGGAUAUAUUGAGUGUAAAUUUGAUUCAGUCGAUAAUUUAAUGAAACUAAAUAAUGUCGUUAACUUAUCAGAGAAGUUAAAGAGGCAUACCUACAAUAAAACCUUAAUUCAACACAUAAGAGAAUUGAGUAGUAGAAGUACACGAAUAGAUAAUAAAAACAUCGUUAGUAGUAUCGUCAACCAGGAGGAUAAUUAUAAUAGUAAUAGUAAUAACAGUAUUAAUAAAAAUAACAAUAGCAACUGCAAUGGUAGUAGAAAUGGAAACAGUGAUAGCAAUAAUGCUCACAGGAGAAGUACACGUAAGAGUAGCGAAAAUGGAACGACUACCUAUGAUACUAGCAAGGGACCAAGGGAAACACCCGACAGUGUGCACUUAUUACCUUUUUUUAUUUCAAGUGACUAUUUACAUAAGAAUUCCACGAUUUGUAAAACUAGAGUCAUCAGCUUUAAUGAAAGAGAUAUAUAUUGUAAAAUAGACGAAGGGGAUAGCUUUCCAAAGCAAAUCUUACUUUUGGUCCGGAACAAACUGUACAAGAAAUUGAAAUUUAUGGAAAUGCACACAGCAAAGGGGGGAACUGCAAUGAAAGAGGUUAUACAAGGGAGGGACACUACAAUAAAGGGGACCUUACCAGGGGACACUUCAAUGAAGGAAGUUGUACCAGAACAUACAUUAAUCAAGGAAGCUGUACGAAGGAACAGCACAAGUGCAGGUAUAAUAAAAAAUGAAGCAAAAGAACAAUAUCGUAAUAUAUCACUUAACAAAAAAGGUCAUCAACAAAAUGUUAAAAAUAAAGAUAAUUGCACUGGAUUAAACUAUACAAAAAUUCAAAGAAUUAUUAAUUCCACAGAUAUGAUAUUUAAAAAGGCAUAUUCUGAUCAACAACUAGAAUACCUACUCAUGCAGUCAAGGGAAAAAAGUCUGACCAGGUAUAUACCUAGUACCACAUACUUCACUAAUGAUAAGGUUAUAAAUAUGCAUUUAGAGUUAGAUGAAUAUUAUAAAUUCUUUCAAAAAGGAAAAAAUCAAUUCAAAAACACAUUACAAGAUCCAUGGCAACUAGGCAUUGGAAGAAGUAAAACUCAGGAUGGAAAGAAGUUUUACGAAUAA